AUGCUUAUUUCAUUUCCUGUGACGAAUGCGAAAGCGAGUACAUUUGCGAGAAUGUCUAGAUCACUAUGUGCUCGAAAGGAGCAGCUGAAUGACAAAACGAGGCCAUGUCACUACACAGCAGUUGGUGGUCCUUGGAGGCGGUAUUACCACGGAGCUGAUUUUGACGUUAAAACCAUAAUCUCAGCGCAUGAACCUCACAGCAUGAACCUUAUAGCGUAUUGCGACUCUGGAGAGAUGAUGAAUCCACGCGAAGAGCUCGAAAAUGAAUCGCAAAGAGGAACACCUCUUUACUACUGCGGGAUCUCUUCCCCUAUCAAAGGUUGUUAUUUGAUUCGGCUAAUCGCUUCAGCACGAGUUUCUAGCAGCGGCAAAGAAAACUCCUCUCUGAUCCUAGGGUACGAUUCACGCUUCUACUUGCAGAUGUGA